CGGCAGAGGAGUCGGCGCAGAAACUUCCUCCGUCCCCCUAUUCCCCCCUCCAUGCAGGCGACGCCGAGUGAGGCUGAGGCUGGGGGCGAAUCGCCGAAGAGCUGCGUGUCGGCAGCGCAGUCUGAUUGGACAGCGGGGAAGCCUGUCAGCUUAUUGGCCCCGCUGAUCCCGCCCCGUAGCGCAGGGCAGCCUUUAACCUUUAGCCCCAGUGGGCGCCAGCCACUCAGAUCGCUUCUUGUUGGUAUGUGUAGCGGCAGUGGCCGCCGGCGGAGCAGUCUGAGUCCGACGAUGAGGCCGGGGACGGGAGCCGAGCGUGGAGGCCUCAUGGUGAGUGAAAUGGAGAGCCAUCCUCCCUCGCGGGGUCCCGGGGACGGGGAGCGGAGAUUGUCCGGCUCAAGCCUCUGCUCCAGCUCUUGGGUCUCUGCUGACGGCUUCCUGAGGAGACGGCCCUCGAUGGGGCACCCUGGCAUGCAUUAUGCCCCAAUGGGAAUGCAUCCUAUGGGUCAGAGAGCGAACAUGCCUCCUGUACCUCAUGGAAUGAUGCCGCAAAUGAUGCCCCCAAUGGGAGGACCACCAAUGGGACAAAUGCCUGGAAUGAUGUCUUCAGUAAUGCCUGGAAUGAUGAUGUCUCACAUGUCUCAGGCUUCCAUGCAGCCUGCCUUACCGCCAGGAGUAAAUAAUAUGGAUGUAGCAGCAGGUACAACAUCCGGUGCAAAAUCAAUGUGGACUGAACAUAAAUCACCUGAUGGAAGGACCUACUACUAUAAUACUGAAACCAAACAGUCUACUUGGGAGAAACCAGAUGAUCUUAAAACUCCUGCUGAGCAACUUUUAUCUAAAUGCCCUUGGAAGGAGUACAAAUCUGACUCUGGAAAGCCUUACUAUUACAAUUCUCAAACGAAAGAAUCCCGCUGGGCGAAACCUAAAGAACUUGAAGAUCUUGAAGGAUACCAGAAUACCAUUGUUGCUGGAAGUCUUAUUACAAAAUCAAACCUGCAUGCAAUGAUCAAAGCUGAAGAAAGCAGUAAACAAGAAGAGUGCACCACAUCAACAGCCCCAGUUCCUACAACAGAAAUUCCAACCACAAUGAGCACCAUGGCUGCUGCAGAAGCAGCAGCUGCUGUUGUUGCUGCAGCAGCUGCAGCAGCAGCAGCUGCUGCUGCAGCCAAUGCAAGUGUUUCCACCUCUGCUUCUAGUACUGUGGGUGGAACUGUUCCAGUUGUUCCUGAGCCUGAGGUUACUUCGAUUGUUGCUACUGUUGUAGAUAAUGAAAAUACAGUAACAAUUUCGACUGAAGAACAAGCACAACUUACUAGUACCCCUGCUGUUCAGGAUCAAAGUGUUGAAGUGUCUAGUAAUACUGGAGAAGAAACAUCUAAGCAGGAAACUGUAGCUGAUUUUACUCCCAAAAAGGAGGAGGAAGAAAGCCAACCAGCAAAAAAAACAUAUACUUGGAAUACAAAGGAGGAAGCAAAGCAAGCAUUUAAAGAAUUAUUGAAGGAAAAGCGGGUACCAUCUAAUGCUUCAUGGGAGCAAGCUAUGAAAAUGAUCAUUAAUGAUCCACGAUACAGUGCUUUAGCAAAGUUGAGUGAAAAAAAGCAGGCCUUUAAUGCUUAUAAAGUCCAGACAGAGAAAGAAGAAAAAGAAGAAGCAAGAUCCAAAUACAAAGAGGCUAAGGAAUCCUUUCAGCGUUUUCUUGAAAAUCAUGAAAAAAUGACUUCCACAACUAGAUACAAAAAAGCAGAGCAAAUGUUUGGAGAGAUGGAAGUCUGGAAUGCAAUAUCAGAACGUGAUCGUCUUGAAAUCUAUGAAGAUGUUUUAUUCUUUCUUUCAAAAAAAGAAAAGGAACAAGCAAAGCAGUUGCGAAAGAGAAAUUGGGAAGCCUUAAAAAACAUACUUGACAACAUGGCUAACGUGACAUACUCUACUACUUGGUCUGAAGCCCAGCAGUAUCUGAUGGAUAAUCCAACUUUUGCAGAAGAUGAAGAAUUACAGAACAUGGAUAAAGAAGAUGCGUUAAUUUGCUUUGAAGAACACAUUCGGGCUUUAGAAAAGGAAGAAGAAGAAGAAAAACAGAAGAGUUUGCUUCGGGAAAGGCGACGACAGCGUAAAAACAGAGAAUCUUUUCAGAUAUUUUUAGAUGAACUGCAUGAACAUGGACAACUGCAUUCUAUGUCAUCUUGGAUGGAAUUGUAUCCAACAAUUAGUUCUGACAUUAGAUUCACUAAUAUGCUUGGUCAGCCGGUUUUUUCAUUAGGAUCAACUGCACUUGACCUUUUCAAGUUUUAUGUUGAGGAUCUUAAAGCACGUUAUCAUGAUGAGAAGAAGAUAAUAAAAGACAUUCUAAAGGAUAAAGGAUUUGUAGUUGAAGUAAAUACUACUUUUGAAGACUUUGUGGCAAUAAUCAGUUCGACUAAAAGAUCAACCACAUUAGAUGCAGGAAAUAUUAAGUUGGCUUUCAAUAGUUUACUAGAAAAGGCAGAAGCCCGUGAACGCGAAAGAGAAAAAGAGGAGGCUCGGAAGAUGAAACGAAAAGAAUCUGCAUUUAAGAGUAUGUUGAAACAAGCUACUCCUCCAAUAGAAUUGGAUGCUGUCUGGGAAGAUAUCCGGGAGAGAUUUGUAAAAGAGCCAGCAUUUGAGGAUAUAACUCUAGAGUCUGAAAGAAAACGAAUAUUUAAAGAUUUUAUGCAUGUGCUUGAGCAUGAAUGUCAACAUCAUCAUUCAAAGAAUAAGAAACACUCUAAGAAAUCUAAAAAACAUCACAGGAAACGCUCCCGCUCUCGCUCAGGAUCAGAUUCAGAUGAUGAUGACAGCCAUUCAAAGAAAAAAAGACAGCGAUCAGAGUCUCGUUCUGCUUCAGAACAUUCUUCUAGUGCUGAAUCUGAGAGAAGUUAUAAGAAAUCAAAAAAACAUAAGAAGAAAAGCAAGAAGAGAAGACAUAAAUCUGACUCUCCAGAGUCAGAUGCUGAACGGGAGAAGGAUAAAAAAGAAAAAGACCGGGAAAGCGAAAAAGACAGAACUAGACAAAGAUCAGAGUCAAAACACAAAUCACCUAAGAAAAAGACUGGAAAGGAUUCUGGUAAUUGGGAUACUUCUGGCAGUGAACUGAGUGAAGGGGAAUUGGAAAAGCGUAGAAGGACCCUUUUGGAGCAACUGGAUGAUGAUCAAUAAAUUAUACCAAAUAUGUUUACAGUAUGAUUUAAAGUCUAAUUCAGACCAGGGAUUCUAUUUUAAGUUCAAUUGAAAUAACACUGGGUUUUAAUUAUAUCACAGAAAAAAAAGUGCAUUUAAGUAUUGUUAUUGUGGACUUUAUAAAAAGCAAAGGAAAUUGAAAAUAACUUUUGAUUCUGUAUCAAGAAUCAUAUUUUCAUACAGUCAUAACUGUCUUUCUGUGACCCUUUCAUAGGGCACUGCAGAAUGGAUUAAAGGUGGCAAUUUACUGAUAACUGCAGGUGUCUCUACUUUGUUCUAAAGUCUAAGUCAUGAGGUGAUUUGAUUUACUUUAUAGAAGUUGGAUUUUGAAGAUAUAAUGAAAAUUUUUUAAUAUCUAGUAGUACAAAAAAAGCACCAGCAACUGAUAAAACUGCUUUUUUGUGCACUAUCCAACUGGUUGAAGCCGAUAUGAUCUUUUAAGGUGAACUCAGACAUAGGUGUUCUUAAUGGAAACCUGGUAGACCCUUAACUAUAGUGGUGCUAUUGAGCACUACUAUAAUAAAGCCACCAUUAUUUUUUAUGAAACAUCUAAAUACAUUUUAAAAAGGCUAUUGUGAGGGCAUUAUUUUGAGGUGAUGUUUAAAAAGUUAACAUCAAAUCAAAUUGUAAAUUAGCUUAAAUAUAUUGCCUUAAGGACCUACUAAAGAAUGUGCCACCAAACUUUAAGUGAUGGUUGCAAUAUCCUUGUCUAAAACAAAUCAAUGUUGACUUAAACGAUUUCUUUAACAGUUGUCUUUUUUUUUUUUAAAUCCGAUCUUUCUCUUGCUUUUUUUCAUUGAGGAAGUCUUUUACCUUCCCUCCUCACUGAGAAGUACUGACUUCGUGGUACACAUUCUGAAGCAUUUCUGAUUUGAAUAUUUUUGUACAUUUUUAUCAAUUAUUAAAUCUUCUCUUCUAGUG